UUAUUUUCUCGCAGCCACGAUGACGACCGUGAUCGUAUCCAGCACGGUCGGGGGUCAGCUGACCAUCCCGGUCCUCAUCGGGAACGGACUGUCUAGGGACUGUCUAGGGACUGUCGGGGGACUGUUCUGGGGACUGUUGCAGCUGAUGGAGACGUCCGGGCCCGGGAGCUUCCUCGUGGUCACGUUCUUCCUCUGCUUCAUCAGCCUCCUGGCGUUCGCGGCGCUCUGGGUCGUCGGGUUCUCGGUCGUCAAGGACGCG